CUUUUUUGCGAGAUUUGACGAGAUUCAUUUCUAAACAUGGCGACCACCGAAAGCAUGCCCGAACAAACGAAGCACGCUGGCAUUCCUUUGGCAGAAUUUGUGGAGGAUGUUGAUAGUUAUAUGCAGAGAGCCAGUAACGAGUCAGCUGAAGUAGUUCUCAAGAGGUUAGAUGAGCAGCACAACAAAUAUAAAUUCAUGGAAUACAACCUCAACACGAAAAAGGCCAGGUUAAAGUCACAAAUACCAGACAUUAAAACCUCUUUAGAUAUAGUGAAACAUCUACAGUCAAGAAAGGAUUCCACUGACCCAGUAGAGACCAGGUUUUUACUAUCAGAUCAGGUGUAUGCUAAAGCAAAGAUUCCACCCACAGAAAAAGUGUGUUUAUGGUUAGGGGCUAAUGUAAUGUUGGAAUACACAAUUGAUGAUGCUACAAGUUUGUUAGAAAAGAACUUAGAAGCAGCAACCAAAAACUUAACACAAGUUGACGAUGAUUUAAGUUAUAUUAGAGACCAAACAACAACGUUAGAAGUCAAUAUGGCACGAGUUUACAACUGGGAUGUGAAGAGGCGACAGGCAGCACAGGGAGCCAAAUCGUAAUCUUCAUCCUCUCCGUCAAUCCAUGCCGAAGUUUUCUGACCAUGCUGAACAACCUGAACCCUAUUUUGCCAACAACCUGCAAAUUUACUAAACAUCAGUAUAGUGAAAACAAUGAAUCUUCUGUAUAGAAAGACAUUUCCUCUAUUCAGAUAAAACAAUUGCAUUUGAUAAGUACCACUUGUAAAUUAAAAUCUUGUAAUAAAAUUUGAGAGGUAGCUCUUUUGCAGUUAGCUUGAUCAGACUGUAAAGGUUAAUUUUUGAAAAUCUUCAGAUUGAACAGCUAUCCUCUACCAUGUCUAUAAAGGACAGUUUACAGUAAUCACCUGUAAUUGUGUAUUUAAUUUACAUGUUAAGGUAAACCCUACCAAACUAAUAUUAUAGUUAAAUCUGCAUCCCUUAUCCAGUCAUAGAAAUUCUGUGGCCCUAACUUACAACACAUUGAUAAAGGAUUGAUACAGAGUUUUGAUACAUAACAGGGUGCAAUAAGAUUUCAUUAAUGUGCUGUAAUAGUUGUAAAAGUUAAUUAACCGGGUAAGCUUUUUGAAUUGCUUUCACUAAGGAACAGACAAUAUACUACAUAAAACUGGAAAACAGAUAUUGAAAAUUCAGCCUCGGCAUAGCUUACAGUGUUCAAAAUAUUUCAGCAGCUUGUAAUGGUCAUAGAGGCCGUCGGUAAUGAUUGUGAACAAAAUGUCUUUUUAUUUCAUAAACUUGAAAAUAAAUCCUUUGUAUUAUUUACUUCUAUAUCUCUUGUGAUGUUCAUUAAAAUAUCAGAAAACCCACUGAAAUAAAAACAUGUAAAGUGGAA